AUCGACUCUAACAACAUGGAUCUUGAAACAUUAAACAAGCUGAAAUCUUCUGGAACUGUUGUUGGGCUUGGAAAUGAAACCACAAGGCCAGCAUGUAAAAAAUGUGGCUACCCAGGACAUUUGACAUUUCAGUGUCGAAAUUUUCUUUCAGCAAAUCCUACCAGCGGUGUGGUUUUAGAUGUGAGCAGCACGAGCAGCGAGGAGGAUGAUAUGACAACUCCUCUCACUAUGCUGAGAGCUGAAGAACUAAAAGCAUUACAAGAGAAGUUAAAAGAAAGAGAAAAGAAGCUAAAAAGAAAAUCCAAAACUAAGAAGAAGGACAAGAAAAAGAGGAGAAGGAGGGAUUCAAGUUCGUCAUCAACUUCUAGUGAUUCUUCUGAUUCCUCUACCUCCUCAGAUGACAGUCACGAAAAAAAAAAGAAAAAGAAGAAGAAAUCCAAGAAACAGAAAAAGUCCAAGCACAAGAAAUCAUCAAAGGAAGACUCAUAACAUAUUCUUUUAAUUGAAGUAAAAAAAAAAGGAAGCAUGUUUCUACGUGUUUUGUCUUGGAUUCAGUUGUCCAUUUUAGUUUUUUAUGGCUCUUGAAGUGAUAUCCCAAGGGAAAUCUAUGUAACACCCUGUGCUCAACAAGCAUCCUCCGCCACCAUCCAAACAUCGCUAACCCCAUUCACUUCCUCUUUUUCACAUUAAAAAGAAAAGUAAUAAAAAAAGACAGAAUUCA